AUGGGAAAAGGAAACCAAUCCACUGUCAUGGAAUUUCUUCUCCUGGGACUUUCUAGUCAGCCAGAGCACCAACAACUCAUCUUUGUAUUAUUUCUAUUUAUGUAUUUGAUCACGAUUCUAGGGAACCUUCUCAUCAUCCUGGCCAUAGUUACAGAUUCUCACCUUCACAUUCCCAUGUACUUCUUCCUUAGCAACUUGUCCUUUGUUGAUAUCUGUUUCACUUCAACCACAGUUCCCAAGAUGUUAGUGAAUCAUGUAACUGGAAGUAAGUCUAUACCUUUUGGAGGAUGUCUGACACAAAUGUACUUUUUAUUUGUAUUUGCAGACAUGGACAAUUUCCUUCUGGCUGUUAUGGCCUAUGACCGAUUUGUGGCUAUAUGCCAUCCCUUACACUAUGCUACAAAGAUGACCCAUCAUCUCUGUGCCCUUCUGACUGUUGGAUCCUGGAUUGUUGCUGAUCUGAAUGCCCUAUUGCAUACUCUCCUAAUGGCUAAUCUCACCUUCUGUGACAAUAAUGUCAUCCCACAUUUUUUCUGUGAUGUGUCUCCUCUCAUGAAGCUUUCCUGUUCUGAUCCCUCGCUUAAUGAAAUGGUAAUUUUUACAGAGGGAGGGUUGAUAAUGAUCACCCCAUUUAUCUGUAUCUUGACCUCUUAUAUCCAUAUUGCCUCUGCUGUCCUGAGAAUUCCCUCCAUGAAGGGAAAAUGGAAAGCCUCUUCCACCUGUGGGUCCCACCUUGCUGUGGUCACCCUCUUCUAUGGUACCAUUAUUGCUGUGUAUUUUAGUCCCUCUUCCACUCACUCAACAAAGAAAGAUACAGCAGCAACUGUGAUGUACACAGUGGUGACCCCCAUGUUGAACCCCUUUAUCUAUAGCUUGAGAAAUCAAGACAUGAAAAGGGCCCUGACAAAAAUGGUUGGUAGGAAAAAUCCCUGUUUGACACUCUCAUCAGUGGUUCCAUAG